UGCCAGGAAACCUGGGAAACCGACUGGAGGCCAGGAUUGACAAGCCCACCCUGGUGCACUGGCUGUGCUACAGGAAGACAGAGAACUUCUUCACCAUCUGGAUCGAUCUCAACAUGUUUAUGCCCAUUGGCAUCGACUGCUGGAUAGAUAACAUCCGGAUAGUGUACAACAGGACAACCCGGAAAAGCUCCAAUGCCCCUGGAGUAGAGAUUCGAGUACCCGGAUUUGGCCAGACCUACCCUGUGGAAUUUCUGGACACCAACAAGCUAACAGGUUAUUUCCACACCAUGGUGGAGCACCUGGUGAAUUUUGGAUACGUCCGGAAUGAGACCAUUCGUGCAGCGCCGUACGACUGGAGAAUUGCGCCCAAUGAGCAAGAGGAGUACUUUGCAAAACUGAAAGAGCUGGUGGAGCAGAUGUACUCUGAGUACCAGCAGCCUGUCUACCUGCUGGGACACAGCAUGGGCAGCAACUACAUCCUAUACUUCCUGAACGAGCAGCCACAGCACUGGAAGGAUCGCUACAUUAAGGGCUUCAUCUCGCUGGGGGCCCCCUGGGGGGGCGCAGUGAAGCCCCUCCGCGUCCUUGCUUCAGGAGAAAACGAUGGGAUUCCUCUGGUAUCCAAUAUCAAAAUCCGCGAAGAGCAGAGGAUGACAACUACCAACCCCUGGAUGAUCCCCACGGACCAGGCUUGGCCGACCGACCACGCCUUCAUCUCCACACCCAGCUACAACUACACCUACCGGGACUACCAGCGCUUCUUCAAGGACAUCCACUUUGACGACGGCUGGCACAUGUGGGAAGACACCAGGAACCUCACAGCCUGGCUGCCCCCUCCUGGCGUGGAGGUGUACUGCAUGUACGGAGUGGGCUUACCCACCCCGGUCACCUAUAUCUAUGACGAGAACUUCCCCAACGCGGAUCCCGUGGACAUCGUCUACGACGACGGCGACGACACCGUCGACAGCCGCAGCAUGGAGCUCUGCAAGCGUUGGGUGGGAAAGCAAGAGGAGCCGGUCCACAUUAUCGAGCUGAAGGGCAUGGCUCACCUGGACAUUGUCUUUAACGACAGAGCCCUCACCUUAAUCCAGGAGAUCCUGGAAGGGAAGUACAAAGGGCCAUAGCCCCAGGGCUCCGAACGAUGUAAUAGGUCUAAACUGUAAUUAUUCAAAUAAAAUAUUUUUAGAAUGUUGUA